UGCUCACAAUUGACUCUGCGUCUGCAUCAAGCUCUCUCUUGGAGUUUCCAAAGUCUCCGAUUUUAGUUCUUGUGGCUAACUGCUUAAUUUCCGGAAUGCCAAAGGUUAGAAACUUGUCUGCUCACUCAAGGGCAUCUUCUUACACUAGCAGCUCCAUGAUCAUUGAGCAAUAUAAAGUAGAAGAACAAUUGGGAUCAGCUGCUGAUGUGAAAGAAUGGGAGGAAGCUAGGUGCCCAAUCUGCAUGGAACACCCUCAUAAUGCUGUUCUUCUAAAGUGUUCCUCCUAUGGGAAAGGCUGCCGCCCUUACAUGUGCAACACUAGCUACCGGCACUCCAAUUGUCUUGAUCAGUUCUGUAAGUCAUUUGCACCACAUGCCUCAAUAGCACUACUGCAAGAAAUUCCUCUUACAAGCUCAGCCUUUCACAGCAGGGAAGAUGGGUCAGAGCCUGGGCAAGCAAGGCAUUGUGGGAGCCAAUUGCAGCCAAAGCUUUUCUGCCCUCUUUGUCGGGGAGAGGUUUAUGGGUACAGUAUACUAGAGCCAGCUCGUAAAUUCAUGAAUUCCAAGGCAAGGGGUUGUUCUUCUGAGACGUGUGAUUUCAGUGGGACCUAUUCAGAACUCAGGAAGCAUGCAAGGUCUGAACACCCGGCUGUUCGGCCAUCGGAUGUGGACCCUAUGCGACAGAGAGAUUGGACAAGGUUGGAACGGGAAAGAGACUUGGAAGACGUUCUUAGCUCACUUCACCCAGAGGUUGGGGAAGAGAGUAGCGAAGAAAGCACUCUCUCAGUAGAUUUUAGUGACUGGGUGUCUUCCAUUUUUGAUUUCAUGUUUUGCUCGCUUGGGUUCUCCCUCAUGCUAUCGGAUGUUUCAAGUGAUAUGGAACAGUUGCAUUAUAGGAGACCGAGGGGAGACUAUGAUAUGGAGGUCAGUCCCAUCACUGGAAGGAACAACAAUUUGUCAUCAGAGAGUAUGCCGCGUCUGAGGCAAACCACUCGAGGAACUCAUGGUAAUACUGGUACUGCUGCUAUACCGAGCAACUUGUCAGUGCAUGUGCCCCAUCAUCGGCAAAUGUCUGGGUGGUCAUCGGAGGGUAUUUCCCGUCCCUGGUCAUCACAGAAUAGGUCCUCCUUUUCCUCAUAUGGUCGGCCCCAUUUCCGGCAAAGGCCUGGGCAGUCACCAGGGAGUGGGAGUACACGUAGUUUCACACGAUAUCCUCGACGUUUGCCAGAAAAUAUGCCCUAUUCUCGGCGAUUGCAUUGGCGGGGUGAAAGGUGGUCACCAUACAAUAGCCAGCGCUGAUUGCAGUACAUUGUUUCAACGUUAUUUGUCUAACAAGGCAGAUUUAUCAUAGGGUCAGGUUCCCAUUGUAAGUUCUCCUCUUAUCUUGUUCUAUGUACAUUCCUUUUCUUUUCCCUGCUCUGUAGCGUUUGAUCUUUUGGAGGUUGGUUACCUCAAGGCACUUCACAGAAACACCUGGAGAGAAUGAUGGUCCAUUCAAGCCAUUCAAGUGUUGUUGAUUUGGUAUGGCGAACAGAGAGAAUGAUGGUCCUUUGGUUGCAAGACUUUGAAGAGCCGAAUUUAAGGAUAUUUUGUUUUUAAUUUGCUGGACAAUUGAGUUGUAUGCAUCCCCUCAGUAAGAAAAUGCAGUAGAAAAACUUCGAUUGAACAUUUUCUUUAGUGUAUGGAUAUCCAUUGUUAAUUUCAUUGUGAUUAUUCUUGUUUGUUUUA